UGGCAGGGCGUAGUUGCAGAAGAAGGCAAGCGCGUGACGGCCUAAUGGUUAGAGACCGAAAUAAAUCGUCUGCCUCUACGCUUCGGUUCGGUUGCUGUCGUCUCCUCUGUCGCUUUCAGCUCCGUAAAGUUAAAGAAAAGCCGAAAAAUAAUGUAACAAGCGCCAUUGGAGAGAGAGAGAACUCACUCUCCGAGCGGGAAACUCUGAAACGCCCUUUUUCUCUACUUUCUCGCUCAUCUUCUUUGCUCGUUCUCCUCUCAAGACAUCGAUUCGCUCGUCGCCUUUGUAUGAUACAUGGAACCUGAUUACCAAGGUUUCUCCAUCAGAGAGUACGCGCGUGGAACAAGGAGUGUUGAGCUGCGGAAAUGUUGGCCGUUCUCCGGUGAGUUUACCGGAGAUCUUAUCCGGUCUCUUCUUCCUCCGAUAACUGUUUCCAAGUUUCGGUGGUGGUCUCAUGAGCUUGCCUCGCUGCUAGCGAAUUCUCCGGUGACGCCGGACGAUUCCGAGCCGGAUUUUCGGCGGAACGCCAAGGCGAAGUCUAGACCCUGUAAGAAACGCUGCAUCGUUGAGAUUUUUGCGGAGACGCCACAGAUCCAAUUAGAACGCAGAGAAGACGAAGGAGAGCAUCCCGACGUCUUAAUCGGUUCAAAGAGGAAACAAACGAAUGAUCUUUUGGCGCAGAAGAAGAUUCAAAGCAAGAAGUCGAAGGAAUCUUUCGAUGAUAAAAAAACAACCAACAAGGUUAAUAGAUGCAAAGAAAGAUCUGGCGUUAUGUCUCUAAGUGGGAAGAAGAAGGCUGGAGGAGGAACGCGACGCCUAUCUUACACAGAGGAGGAACUCUUUCCAAAUUCUCCCAAAUCAGUCAGACAAGAAUGGGAUUCUGAGUUCCAGAUUCCUGGAAUCUUGAAGGCAAAAAGAAAAGUUUGCUCCGUGAGUAGUCCUGAUGAGUUUAAUAUUGAUGCUUCUCAGUGUGAGAGGCAUGUCAGAUUCUCUGAUCAGAGUGAGAUGAUUUCUCAACUGGAGAAUAAUUUGUUCUCUGUAGAACGCUGCUGCUCGCAAAUGAAUCGGUUAAGUCUCUUUUCAGCUGAGGAUCAAUCACCUGGGAAUGACAUGAAAUGGAAGGUUACAUCAAAUGAGCUGACCAGUGACAGUAUACAGUUAGGAUCCAGGCAACAAAACAAGUUUCAGCCUGUGGUUUCUGAGAGACGGUUAAGUCAUGCUCUCACAAAUUCUGGCUUGUCGUGUUUUCCUAGACCACAUCUCUCUCUGGAAAGAAUUAAGGAUGCACUGGAUUUGCAGAACGAGGGGCCUGUGGCUCAACCUAUUCAAUCUUUUCUCUCUACUUCGAGUGAGAGCCCAUACAGAAGUUGCUCUUCCUCGUUGCAACCUGCAUCAGCUGAUAUGCAAUGCGGGACAUUGCUGAACGAAUCACCUUUUGAUCCAUUUCUUGUCGAAUGGAUGCAAAAAUCAGCUUUAUAUAGACAAAAGCAUCUAGAAGAGGCUAUCUCGGGGUGUCCUCUUAAUUUACAAGGUGAGCUAGUCGAAGCAAAUGGUGAAGGCUGUAGAAGUUUUGAUCGGUCAGGUUUAAGUACUGCCUCCUCUAGAUCUGCAUCUGCGGGAAAUGAUAUUUUACUCGGGAAUUUAGUGGACUUUUCCAGUGGAAAGACAUAUUCAACUGAGCCAGCACUUGCCAAAGAUGUAGAAAGGUAUCCUGUGCAUAAGGAGAAACGCAAUAAGUACUUUCCAGCUAGGCUAGGCGUUGAUGAGAACUUUAUCGAGAAACCAUUUUUCUCCUCAGACACUAAUGUUGGAGAGUGCGGUCAAACUGUCCUUUCCCCGGUUUCUGAAGACUAUCCGAUGAGCCACACAAUCAAUCUCCCCAAGCUGGAUGCUCUGAAUCAGAACCUAAUUAGCAGAAAUAUGGUUGCAAACCGUGAUGGUUUGUGUAUGCAUAACACUCAAGCAACAAUGCGGCUGAUUGGUAAGGAUGUCUCUGUUGGCAAAAGUUACUCAGAUAUGGUUAGAACGGGCGAGAGGAUCAUGGCACCAGAUGCUUCCAUAGACUAUUCCUUUCUUGGGAGCUAUACUCACCACAGCUGGUUAUGGCGAACGACAAUACUUGGGGUUUCAGAAAAUCAUUCAAACACAACAAUCGAUAGGAAUUGGAACAGGGAUUUGUUGUGUGAUACAUCAAAGGAUCCCUUUCCUAGGUUUUUUGAACCACAUGUCGGAUUGGCUUCACAAGCCAGAACAGCUGUUGCUCCAGAUUCAGAAUUUCCUCCCACAAUGUUGUCUCCGUGUGGCUCACUCAAGUGUUUUCCAUUGACUGAAAAGGAUCUCAGCUUCCAUGAUUAUGGUUUAGGGCAGCAACAACUUCCCUUUCCAUCUGAUUACAGCAAUAUUGUCGGUAUUGGUCUCUUACCCGAUGCCAGAAACCCAUCUUUCGGAUUGCCUUUCUCUUGCACAGAUUCUACUAGACAGUCAAAGCCUCAUUGACCACCAAGUUCCUUUCA